AUGCGGCUUCUUUCUUAUACUUUGAUUUGCCUUUUUGGCACUACGCUGGCGAUGCCAGUCCAAAGCCAAGGAGCUCAGGCGUUAUCGGAACGACAAAAUGAGAAUUACCAAUCCGGUACCAAUUGGAACAGCUUGAAGGAAUUGCCGGCGAGACAAGACGCGGGCGCUGCAGCCGGUGCUGCUGGAGAUGGAGUCGCAAGUGGUCUUCAGGCUGUAGCCAACGUCGGUAACGAGAUAGCGUCGGGCGUGUAA